CGCGGUGGGAGGGGUGUAACUGUGCUGGUGCUUCACAACUUGUACUGUACAGCGCACUCUGUUUCCCCUAUUCCAAUCAAUGAGUAUUGUUAUUGCCGGACUUGUAUCUGAUUGCCAGACAACUGAAACACGUCUAUUCAACUUUGUUACAUAAAGGUGCCAUGCUGUUGGGGGUCCGUGGAUGAGCCCCCCUUUCAGGAAGCAUGGCGUCGCCAGGAGACAGAGAUGCACUGGUGGAGAGGGGAUACAUCCCCCUGGACAUUGACAAUGUCCACAUGCUUCUGCAGGUGGAGCAAGAGCAAAUUCAGAAGAGAACCUUCACCAACUGGAUCAAUGCUCAGCUCUCAAAGAGGAUUCCCCCGUGCAUGGUGUUGGACCUGUUCAAUGAUUUCCGGGACGGGUCCAAGCUGCUGGACCUGCUGGAGGUGAUGAGUGGCCAGCGGAUGAGUCGGGAGAGAGGCAGAGGCAUCUUUCAGCACAGGAGCAACAUUGAAACAGCCCUGUCCUUCUUGAAGAAGAAAUCGAUCAAACUGGUCAACAUUAACAUUCCCGACAUCAUCGACGGCAAACCAUCCAUCAUCCUAGGCUUGAUCUGGACAAUCAUUAUGCAGUAUCAUAUUGAGGAGCUGGCCAGCAGCCUGUCAUUCAGCUCCCGUCAGUCCUCUCUGGAGUCACUGGCCAGCCUGGACUCUCGCUCCACCCUGUCGGCCCGCUCUACUAGCAACAGCCCCGUGCCCCCCAGGGGCUCCCCCCUACACCAGCGUUUCCGCGUCUCUGCCAAGAAAGCUCUGCUGCUCUGGGUCAGGGAACAGUGCCACAAGGCUGGCUGUACUCUGAAUGUGAAGGACUUCAAGGCCAGUUGGCGGAGCGGUGUGCUCUUCUUGUCCAUCCUGUAUGCCCUGAGACCUGACCUGGUGGACCUGUCCAAGGCCAGGACCAGAACUAACCGGCAGAACCUGGAGGAGGCCUUCCGCACUGCCGAGCACGAGCUGCGCAUCCCCAGACUACUGGAGCCCGAUGAUGUCGAUGUGAGAGACCCAGAUGAGAAGUCCAUCAUGACCUACGUGUCCCAGUUCCUCCAGUACUCCAGAGACAUGCCUGUGACAGAGGAUGACAUGCAGAUGUACUAUAUGACUCCUCCUAAAAGCCUCUCUCCUGUCAACCUGCCCACUCACUUCACUCCUGCCAUCGCUGCCUCCCCUCUGCGCCAGACCACAACCAAUCAGAAGACCCAGGAAGUGACCUGCUGGCUGUUGCAGGCCUAUCAGGAGUUACUGGAAGGCUGGGACUCCACAGAAGGCGAGAGCUAUGCAGAGAGAUACCAUGUGUUCCAAACCUUUGUGGUGUCCUUUAACGAGCAGCGUCGCCCCGUGAUGCCUCUCCUGACAGCCAUGAAGCGCACCCCCCAGCUGAGUGAGGAUCAGAGGAACCUCAGGGGGGCUUGGGACGCCCUCGCCGAGAAGCUGCGCGAGUAUAAGACAGAGCUGGACCUUAGUCUGCCUGCUUCCCUGGACAUGGUAGGCCGCUGGCUGCUUAGGGCUGAGGGGGCGCUGGCUGAGGAGGAGGGGGACCCUCAGGACCACGCCCGUGCCGCUGAGGAGGCCAGGGAGAAACUCGAUCUGCUCAAGACAUCCCUGGACGAGAUGCCCCAACAACUUAAGAACUUUCAGAAGUUCCAGAAUAUGGAUGAAUAUGGAGCCAUCCUGGUGCCUACUGACAAACUGGAAGAGAUGAAGAGAAGGUUCACCAGUGUAAGAGUCACUGCCAAGUACCAUGGGAUCAAACUGGAGUACCAGGAGCAUCGGCACACAGUGCUGGACCUGCUGGGCCAGAUCAGCAGCAAGCUCCGUGUCUGGAAGAGACCCUACAUAUCCCAGGAGGCUGUGCGUGUGCUGCUGCAGGACUGGCAUGAGUUAGUGGUUAAACAGGACCUACCAUCCUUGCUGGAGGGGGCUCUCCUUAAAUUGAAGCUUGUUGCAAGCAAAUAUACUAGCAAAUCUGCCCUAGCUGCAGACUCCAAAUACAUAAUGUGCCAAGUGAAGGAGUUGGAGGAGGAGGGUGCUGUGGCUCUGGAGGGAGUGUCUACGGUGAAGAGCACUAUGGGCCGUGUGCUGUCGGCCUGGGACUCCUACUGUGACUGUUACAGCUCCCUGCAGGCUUGGCUGGAGCAGGCCUCAGCCUCCCACACGCUCGCACAGAGGCCAGAGGUAACAUCUGAGAGUAUGUCAGAGUGGAGUUCCCGCCAGGCCCAUCUGAAUGAGGUAGGGAACUUCCUGGUCCAGCUGACUGACCCUAUGACCAGCCGAGCUCUGGCAGAUGACCUCUGUAAGCUCAACCUGCAUUGGGCGGACUUUAUCAAGAUAACACAAUUUGCUGUUGUAGCUGUGCCCAGCGGAGCUGCAGCCAGACCCCAAGACCUCCAGGCCCUCUUCAGAGAGGCCACCCAGAUCCUGAAGGAACCUGUAGAGGCCAUGUCUGGGCCCCUGAGGACCUACACAAAGAAACUACAGUUCAUGAUGAGGAAGAUAAAGGAAGUGGAUAUGGAUGCCCUCUCCCCCUCCACAGAAUGCUCAGCUGAGACUCUACAGAAACUGAAGCUGGCUUUACCUGAGGUGAUGCAGACGCUGGUUGAGGCCGAGCAGGUGUGUGUGGAGCUGCAGCACAGUGUGUCUGGUCUGGACUGCCGCCUGGCAGAGCUCCUGCACUGGGAGACAGAGGCCCGGGACCUCUACCAGAUCCUGAAGGCAGGAGAACGCAGGGCUUCACGGUGCCAGGACCCCCGCGCCAGGGUGCUGAUCUCUCGUGGGCUGCAGCUGGAGGGUCAGGUGGUGACUGAGGAGCAGGAUCUGCAGGUGAUGGUGAUGACAGGACAGAAGAACUCUCCCCUCCAGUACCUCCUUGUCUCUGCCAUGCAGGACAGAGUCAGAGCUGCCGUGGCUCAGUCACAGGAGGCAGUUGGGAUGCUGAGCUCUCUGGGAGCCAGAAGAGACAGAAGCCAAAGCCCCAUAGAAGACCAGCCCCCACCCAAGAUCUUCAUCCAGCCUGAAGAGGGGACUCAACCCGAACAGUCUCAAUCACUCUCUCUUGCCAGGCAUGCAACUCAGGCCUUUGCUCAAUUAGCAUCUCAGCCUGAUGUGAAACCACAGCCCCAGUCCCAGCCUUCCCCUACUAAACCACAAGCUCAGGCCCAACACCCACCAAUACCACAGAUUAUAGUCCAGGAAUACAGAGAGAAGAAGGCAAGUCCCAGUCCUCCACUCCUGUAUUCCUAUGCACAAGCUGUGACUCAGUCAAAGGGCCGAGCACAGUCACCUCCAGAGUCACAGGUUGCUGCCCAGAGCAAAAAACACUCUCCACCCCUAACCCAGAAACAACCACUAGUGCAGCAACAGCCACCAUCUCAACAACAGCGUCCAACUCAGCAACAAGUACUCUCUCAGCAACAAGUACUCUCUCAGCAACAAGUACACUCUCAGCAAGUACUAUUUCAACAACAGGUUCUAUCUCAACAACAAAUGUCUGCUCAUCAGCAGGUUCAAAGCCAGAAACAGGCCCAACAAUCAGCACAAGCCCAGAAACAGACUCCAUCUCAGCAACCGGAAAAGACACAGAAGCAGCCUCUAACCAAGGAAGAGAUGCUGCGCUGGAAGAAGCAACCUCAGGCCAUGAAGAACCGACCCUGGCUCCAGAAGAAGGUCAAGGAUCAGGAUCAGGCUCCAUCCCAGGCUCCAUCCCAGGCUCCAUCCCAGGCUCCAUCCCAAGCUCCAUCCCAAGCUCCUGCCCAGGCUUCUAAUCAAACACAGGCUCAACAACAGCCAGAGAAACCAAUCAUGUCUCAAGUCCCUGUCCAGGUAGUUCCACAGCCUGCAGGAACACCCAGGCCCCAGCCUCAGGCACAAGCCAGGACUAUGUUUCCUUCUCAAUCACAGGCCAUGUCUAGUGCUCAGGCUCUACCCCAAGCAGGGCCACAGCAAGUCCCCCAGGCAUAUCUUUAUGGCCAGCCUCCUGCCCAAUCUCUGACUCAACCCCAAGCAAAGACCAAGAGCCACACUCAACCUAAACCAACGGCCCAAGCCAAACAGCAACCCAAGACUAUUAUCCAUGCUCCAUCCCAAACCAUGACUCACACUGAAACCCAGCCCAUAACUCAAUCACAACCUGUGACCUACUCACAAUCACAGAUGCAGGCCAUGUCUCAAUCCCGGAUGACUCAAGAGAAACCCCAGCCACAGGUCCAGAAACCUCAGCCACAGGUCCAGAAACCACAGCCACAGGUUCAUCAACUGAUGCAUCCACAGUCUCAAGCUCAGGCCCAACCACAUCACCAAGCAUGGGCCCCAGUCAGGCUGCCACAAACACUCACUGAGACGCACCGGCUGGGCCUGCAUCCACAGGCCCAGUCUCACCCCCAGGCUCACCCACAACUCCAGGCCCAGCCUCACCCUCAAGUUCAGCCUCACCCUCAAGUUCAGCCUCACCCUCAAGUUCAGCCUCAACUCCAGGCCCAGCCUCACCCUCAAGUUCAGCCUCACCCUCAAGUUCAGCCUCACCCUCAAGUUCAGCCUCACCCUCAAGUUCAGCCUCAACCCCGGGCCCAUCCUCAACUUCAUGUCCAGCCUCACCCCCAGGCACAACCUCACCCUCAUGUCCAGCCUCACCCCCAGGCUCAGCCUUAUCCUCAAGUCCAGCCCGAGGCCCAGCCUCAUCCUCAAGUCCAGUCGCAUCCCCAGGCUCAGCCUCACCUUCAAGUUCAUCCUCAUCCCCAGGCCCAGCCUCAAUCUCAUGUCCAGCCUCAACCUCAGGCCCAGCUUCACCUACAGGCCCAGCUUCACCCCCAGGCCCAGCCUUACCCUCAAGCUCAGUCUCACCCCCAGGUCCCACUUCAUCCUCAUCCUUAUUCCCCUGCUCAGGCUCAACCCCAACAAUGGGCCCCAGUCAGACCCUUCAGCCCAAUUUACCCUCAGCCAAAGGGUCAUCCCCAGGUAACCCCAGUCAGACCUGAACCACGGCCACAAGCCUAUCCUCAGCCCAUCAUGGUCCAACGUCACCCUCUUCCUCAGGCUUGCCCACUAGGUCAAGCUCCACCGCAGCAAUGGGCCCCAAUCAGGCCAGAGCAAGCCCCCCAGGCAUAUCUUUAUGGCCAGCCUUAUGGCCAACCUCAAGCCCAAAUACAGCCCCAAAGCCAUGUUCAACAGCAGCCUCAGGUGAGAGCUUACAACCUUACCAAUGUUAAGGCCCAGCAAGGCCAGUUCCAACAGCAGCUAUGGGCCCAGCCCCAUCCCCAGCCUCAAAUUCAACCCCAGCCAUAUUUCCAGCCUCAGCCACCUCCCCAGACCCAAAUUCAACCCGCAACCCAUUUACAGCCUCAGCCCCUCUCUCAGACUCAUUCUCAGUCCCAGAUCCAGACCCAGCUCAAACUUCAGCCUCAGCCCCACUCUCAACCUCAUUCUCAGCCCCAGAUCCAGCCCAAGCUUCAGCCUCAACCCCCCCCUCAGCCACAGCCUGAGCCCCAGAUCCAGAUGGAGCCCAAGCCCCAGACCCAUAUCCAGCCUCAACCCCACUCACAGCCCCAGACCAAGCCUCAGACUCAGCCCCAGCCCAGUAUCCAGCCCCAGACCAAACACCAGCCACCUCCCCAGCCCAAUAUUCAGCCUCUUCCCCAGGUCAAGCUUCAGCUCCAGCCUAAGACCCAGCCCCAGGUCCUUUUCGAGCCUCAUCUCCUUCCCCAGUCACCACCAGAUUCCCCAGAGCUCCAGAUGAAACCCCCAGCUCUGGCCCAGGCCCCACCCCAGGCUUACACCGAAGCCUAUGCCAAAGCUCAGGCCCUGGCCAGGAACCAGUUUGAGGAGGCCAAGCACUGCCUGCAGGAGCACAUCCUGGCUGCCAUUAAUGUCUUCAAAGACAAACACAUAUCUAUCGAACAAGUUUCAGUUAAGGAGGAGACCCUGAGGACCCUGGACCCUGAGCUGUUGAAAGUGUUCCUGAGGGCAGCAGAGGGUAUGGAGGCCUUCUGCACCAUGCCUCAGCUCAGAGAUAUGGAGUUCUUCACACAGUCUGUCAGGACCCAAUGGGAGGCUGUGAGAGCUGAGACAGCGGCGUUUUUGCAGCAUUUACGAUUUGAAAUUAAGAGAAAAUACUUUAACACAGCUGCCUUGCAGUGUGAGAUGCACUUUAACUCAAAAUUAGCAUCCAAAGCAAAGGCGUGUUUCUCUGCAGAGGGCAGCCUAGCCCAGGCUGGGCAGCACCUGGAGGCCCUGAAGGAGCUGUGUGACACCCUGAGCCCCGAGGAUGCCCACCGUCUGGCCCAGGCUCAGCUCAGGGAGUGUGAGAAAAGACUGGCCGCCAUCCAGCGCCAGUUCAGUGGGGACAGGGAUACACCGCCCCCCGACACACCUGGAAUUCCUCUUGACCUGGGGAAAGAUCUGACCCCACAGAGGGAAUCUACAGUGCAGAGUGACAAACCUACAGGCCCAACUGAGGUUUCACAAGUUGCUGUGAAGACAGUGGUUGUUGAGAAGAGGGUGAUUGACGAGAAGGAGAUUGACAAGCAGGCAGUCAUAGAGGAGGAUCCUGCCAAAAAGGAGGCAUUAGAAAGAUAUGACAUUACUAAGAAGACUGUUCAGGCUCAAAUAGCCAAGAUCGAGCAGAAUUCCCAGAGAGACCUGGCCGCUGACUCAGUCUCUCUAAAAGACCUGCACACACGUCUACAGGAGAUACAGACAUUGUGCCAGGACACAGAGUCUCUGUGGCCUGAGUUUGGCCACCAGUGUUCUCAGAGCUCCCAGUACAGUGGGGAGAGGGGUGAUGGUGGUGUGAGUGUGGAGCACGACCAAGCUGAGCUGAUGAAGCAGUGGAGAGGCCAGCAGUCAGCUCUGCAUAGGAGAGGCAUCUCUCUGGGGGCAGCUCUGAGACAGGUAGACUCCACAGAGCACCACGUUGUUGACUUCUCCGAACGCCUCGACUGCUUCAUCAGAGAGCCCAAGGACAUCAACGCAUUUACACUGGCCAACACCAACAUCCUGACGGACAUCAAGGACCUGGAUGAGAGCAUUCAGAGAGAGCUGGACCAGCUGUCUAGUUUUGACUCUGAUUCCAUUGAGCUGGAUCCCAGUGAUCGCUCUCCUUUGACCCGUGUGGUCAAGACCCACAGAACCAGUCUUGACAAGCUGAGACAGCAAGUCCGUAAGAGCGAGGCGGCCGCCAGGGCCCUGGACCGCUUCCUCAUGUCCCUGCGCACCGUAGAGCAGGACAUCUCUGGAGUACAGGGUGCCCCCUGCAGCGAUGCGUGGGUAUUGCAGGACUGCCGCUCCAAGCUGGCCCUGAUCAGGCAGAGUGUGGACAGUCUGGGGGACAAGGCCCCCCAGCUAGACCUGCUACUCCAGGGGGCCAGGCUGUCUGUGACUCGGGACGGUGCCCCAGCCUCCUGCCUGGACAUGGUGUCUGCCUUGGUGCUGCGGCUUGAGGAGGCUGACUGCGGUCUGGUCAGCCAGCAGCACAGUGUCCAGAGGGAGCAGGAGAUGAGGGGCCUGGGCCUGAGGAGGAGGACUCUGCUGGCGGAGCUGAGGAAGGUGCAGGAGGCAGCAGAGAGGCACGGACUAAAGGAGCCAACCAUGCCUGCUGUGCAGCAGAGGCUGCGUGUCCUGUCUGACCUGGAGUGCCAACUGAACUCCCAGCGCUCUGAGCUCCAGAGACUCCGGGAGGCCCACUCUCAGGGCCAGGAGGGAGAAGGCAAUCCCCUGGAGGAGCUGAAGACCCAGUGGGAGGACACCCAGAGAGCUGUGGCUGACAGACAGGAACAGUGCAACAUCCUGUUGGAACUACUAAAGAUGUUCCAGAGCUGUCGCAGUUACUUAAGCACCACCAUGCAGAAGGCGGAGCAGACCAUCAGUGAGCAGGCCUCCUACAUGGGCAAGGAGAACCUGCAGAGGCUUAUAGCUAAGGUCCAUGGUAUAAAGCAGGAUCUGAGUGGCUUGGGGACAGGCAUGGAGGAUAUCAGGGGGGUGUGCAGACAGCUGCAGUCCCAUCUGAAGAAGAUCCCUGACUGUAAUGAGACUCCAUUUGAGGCCGAGGCUGAUGGACUGGUGGACCAGUGGCUGGAUGUGACAGAGAAGACAGACUCAUGCUUAGAUAACCUGCGCAUGGGGCUGGAGCUGUGGGACAAGCAGCUGAUGUUAGGGGGAGAGGUGGACGGCUGGGCGGGGGCCAAACUUGCCCUGUUUGCAGAGAGACACCCCUUCCAGAACGAACAGGAGGUCCUGACCAUGAGGGAGGAGAUCCAUGCCCAUGAGGAGAACAUUGAGCGUUUCCACAAGAAGUCCAUUGAGAUCCAGGAGCUUCUUCAAACUCAAGAGGCCCCAUUGGAGCUACAGGUGAUGGAGACCCAGCUGAGGAAGAAGAUGGAUCAGGUGGACGAGCUAUUCUUCGACACCACUGAUGUCUUCCAGGAGCUGAUCGCUGUAAAGAGACACCUGGCAGAGAAGAUGACAGAGUGCCAGUCUGCCCUGCACAACAUCCAGUCCUCUCUGGGCACGCUCAGUAUGCCAGGAGACCAGGCCCAGAUGCAGGAUCUGUGUGAGCAGCUACAGGCCCAGGAGGAGCAGGCAGGGUCAGUGCUGAAGGAGGUGGGUCUCAUGUCCAGUGUGGCCAGCCCCCAGGUGCUACAGACCCUGUCUAUAGACUGCACCAGGCUCAGAGAUAACAUCUCACACACCAAAUACAUCAUCCACCAGAAACGAGAGGAGGGAGAAAAGGGCCUCAUCAAGGUCAUCAAAAAUGAGAGCCAUUUGUUUGAAGAGUGGUUCCAGGACCUGCAGUUGUCUGUGAACGAGUGCUUUGAGAACCCAGUGUGUAAACAGGACGUGGAAGCCUCCAUGAAAAGACUGGCUUGUUUCCUGGUGUCUAAGGAUGGUGAGAAGCGUCUGGGUCAGGUGAGAGAGCACCUGGAGAGAGGCAGAGAGCAGGUUCCGUCAGAGCAGCUGGCCCACCUGAAAAACUGGCUGGGGGAGCAGGAGAAGGAGCUGGCCACAUUCAGAACCCACUGUCAGGGCAGACAGAGCCAGCUGGACACUGUCCUCAGAACCCUCAACAGUCUACAGCAGGAACAAGAGCGUUUCCAUGACUGGCUUCAGGCCUGGGAACACAAGUCAGUGGAAGGAGAACAAGUCAACAACUUUCUCAAAGAUCUCCACAAAGAAAGUGAGAGAGUGGAGGCCCUCAGUGAGCUGUGUUCGUCGGUGCGGAGGCAGGGUCUGAGAGGGGACAGCCUGCUGACUGACACUGACGACCUCCUGCAGCGCUACCGGUGCCUGGAGGCCAGACUGCAGCAGCAGGCCGAGACCCAGAGAGUCCUGGAGGAGACCAGUAGGAGGUUUGAUACCCAGACUGACAGCACCAGGACCUGGGUUAGAGACCAGCAACAACGACAGCAUCACCAGAUCCAGAAAGAGGAGAGAAUACACACAGCACAGGCCAUUCUCAGUUCGAGACCUGAGGGAGACUCUAAGCUGCAGGACUUGAGGAGACGAGGUCAAAGUCUGUGUGAACAUCAGGACCUGGAGGAGAGCAGGAGACGAGAGGUUCAGCAGACAGUCAGAGACAUGGAAGAGGAGUGGAGGAGAGUCCUGCAGACUGCUGAGGAAACUCUUACCAAAGCGGAGAUGCAGAGCGCUAUCGAAGGCCAGCUGAGAGUGUUUGACUCCCAGACAGAAAGUACCAGGACCUGGGUCAGAGACCAGCAGCAGCAACUCCACUCUCUGGGCAACCAGGCCAAGACUGAGGACCAAAGACACACAGCACAGACCAUCCUGAGCUGCAGACCUGAGGGAGACUCUAAGCUGCAGGACUUGAGGAGACGAGGUCAAAGUCUGUGUGAACAUCAGGGCCUGGAGGAGAGCAGGAGACAAGAGGUUCAGCAGACAGUCAGAGACAUGGAAGAGGAGUGGAGGAGAGUCCUGCAGACUGCUGAGGAGAUUCUUACCAAAGCUGAGAUGCAGAGUGCUAUCGAAGGCCAGCUGAGAGACUUGGAAACCCAGAAGGAGAACUCCAGGGCCUGGAUCAAAGGCCAACAUCAACGCUUACUUUCUUUGGGCAGCCAGGCCAAGACAGAGAACAGAAUGCAAACUGCACAGGCCGUCCUGAGUUCCAGACCUGAGGGAGACUCUAAGCUGCAGGACUUGAGGAGACGAGGUCAAAGUCUGUGUGAACAUCAGGACCUGGAGGAGAGCAGGAGACAAGAGGUUCAGCAGACAGUCAGAGACAUGGAGGAGGAGUGGAGGAGAGUCCUGCAGACUGCUGAGGAGACUCUUACCAAAGCUGAGAUGCAGAGUCUCAUCGAAGGCCAGCUGAGAGUGUUUGACUCCCAGACAGAAAGUACCAGGACCUGGGUCAGAGACCAGCAGCAGCAACUCCACUCUCUGGGCAACCAGGCCAAGACUGAGGACCAAAGACACACAGCACAGACCAUCCUGAGCUGCAGACCUGAGGGAGACUCUAAGCUGCAGGACUUGAGGAGACGAGGUCAAAGUCUGUGUGAACAUCAGGGCCUGGAGGAGAGCAGGAGACAAGAGGUUCAGCAGACAGUCAGAGACAUGGAGGAGGAGUGGAGGAGAGUCCUGCAGACUGCUGAGGAGAUUCUUACCAAAGCUGAGAUGCAGAGUGCUAUCGAAGGCCAGCUGAGAGACUUGGAAUCCCAGAAGGAGAACUCCAGGGCCUGGAUCAAAGGCCAACAUCAAUGCUUACUUUCUUUGGGCAGCCAGGCCAAGACAGAGAACAGAAUACAAACUGCACAGGCCGUCCUGAGUUCCAGACCUGAGGGAGACUCUAAGCUACAGGACUUGAGGAGACGAGGUCAAAGUCUGUGUGAACAUCAGGACCUGGAGGAGAGCAGGAGACGAGAGGUUCAGCAGACAGUCAGAGACAUGGAAGAGGAGUGGAGGAGAGUCUUGCAGACUGCUGAGGAAACUCUUACCAAAGCUGAGAUGCAGAGUGCUAUCGAAGGCCAGCUGAGAGUGUUUGACUCCCAGACAGAAAGUACCAGGACCUGGGUCAGAGACCAGCAGCGGCAACUCCACUCUCUGGGCAACCAGGCCAAGACUGAGGACCAAAGACACACAGCACAGACCAUCCUGAGCUGCAGACCUGAGGGAGACUCUAAGCUGCAGGACUUGAGGAGACGAGGUCAAAGUCUGUGUGAACAUCAGGGCCUGGAGGAGAGCAGGAGACAAGAGGUUCAGCAGACAGUCAGAGACAUGGAGGAGGAGUGGAGGAGAGUCCUGCAGACUGCUGAGGAGAUUCUUACCAAAGCUGAGAUGCAGAGUGCUAUCGAAGGCCAGCUGAGAGACUUGGAAACCCAGAAGGAGAACUCCAGGGCCUGGAUCAAAGGCCAACAUCAACGCUUACUUUCUUUGGGCAGCCAGGCCAAGACAGAGAACAGAAUGCAAACUGCACAGGCCGUCCUGAGUUCCAGACCUGAGGGAGACUCUAAGCUGCAGGACUUGAGGAGACGAGGUCAAAGUCUGUGUGAACAUCAGGACCUGGAGGAGAGCAGGAGACGUGAGGUUCAGCAGACAGUCAGAGUCAUGGAAGAGGAGUGGAGGAGAGUCCUACAGGCUGCAAAAGAGGCGCUGGAUCGGGCUGAGGUACUAGAAAAAGAGCUGAGAGCUUUUGAAACCUGGAAGGAAGGCACUUGGGUCUGGGUGAAAGACCAGAAACAACAGCUACACUCUCAGAGCAGCCAGACCAAGAUUGAGGAGAGACUACAUACCGCACAGGCUGUUCUGAGUUCCAGAUCUGAGGGAGACUCUAAGCUGCAGGACUUGAGGAGACGAGGUCAAAGUCUGUGUGAACAUCAGGACCUGGAGGAGAGCAGGAGGCGAGAGGUUCAGCAGACAGUCAGAGACAUGGAGGAGGAGUGGAGGAGAGUCCUGCAGACUGCUGAGGAGACUCUUACCAAAGCUGAGAUGCAGAGUGCUAUCGAAGGCCAGCUGAGAGACUUGGAAUCCCAGAAGGAGAACUCCAGGGCCUGGAUCAAAGGCCAACAUCAACGCUUACUUUCUUUGGGCAGCCAGGCCAAGACAGAGAACAGAAUACAAACUGCACAGGCCGUCCUGAGUUCCAGACCUGAGGGAGACUCUAAGCUGCAGGACUUGAGGAGACGAGGUCAAAGUCUGUGUGAACAUCAGGACCUGGAGGAGAGCAGGAGACGUGAGGUUCAGCAGACAGUCAGAGACAUGGAGGAGGAGUGGGGAGAAGUUCUUAAGACUGCAACGGAGGUGGUGGAUAAAGCCGAGGUUCAGAGUGUCAUAGAGAGGGAAAUGAUUGAAUAUGUUACCCAGAAGGGAAGCAUUCAGGCCUGGGUCAGAGACCACAAACAACGCCUACACUCUCUGGGCAGCCAGAGCCAGACUGAUGACAGAAUAAACAUAGCACAGGCUGCUCUGAAUUCCAGAUCUGAGGGAGACUCUAAGCUGCAGGACUUGAGGAGACGAGGUCAAAGUCUGUGUGAACAUCAGGACCUGGAGGAGAGCAGGAGACGUGAGGUUCAGCAGACAGUCAGAGACAUGGAGGAGGAGUGGAGGAGUGUCCUGCAGAAUGCUGAGGAGGCUCUGCGUCAGGCCCAGGUGUGGUAUUCUCUCUCCAGGCAGCUAGAGGCCUUCCAGGCCCUGGAGGAGAGCAGCAGAGCCUGGUUCCAACUGCAGAAGCAGAACACACACUCCCUGGGAACAGGCACCCGGGGCAGCAAGGAAGAGAUCCAGGACAGGCUGCAGAGAGCAACGGCUGUCCUGAGUUCCAGACCUGAGGGAGACUCUAAGCUGCAGGACUUGAGGAGACGAGGUCAGAGUCUGUGUGAAAGCCAGGACCUGGAGGAGAGCAGGAGACUAGAGGUUCAGCAGACAGUCAGAGACUUGGAGGAGGAGUGGGGAGAAGUUGUACACAAUGCUGAGGUGGUGCACAGACUGUUGCAAGGUGUGGUGGAACGCCUGGUGACCUGUCAGUACCAGAAGUGUCAAGCCCAGUCCUGUCUGGCUGAGGUCCAGCACCAGACAGCAGAGCUGCCCCGUCACUUCCCCUGGCCUGGGCUGGGAGACCGGGGGCAGGCUGUGGAGACGGCCAGGACCCUGCUGGAUAAAACCAGGAACCUGGCCCCAGCCCUGUCUGUCCUCCACACCCAGGGCAAGGAAAUGUUCCAGCUUACCCAGGACCCCAGUUGGACAGACCUCUUCUGGGCCACCAUGGAGGAAUGCAUCCCUGCCCUUCUCCAAGAACUGACGGAGGCCUGUGUGAGGAUGGAGGAGGGCAUCCACAUGGAGAGGCACUGUGCCCAGCUAGUGGAACAGCAUGGGGCAGCCCAGGACUGGCUGAGGGAGCAUGUGAAGGGUCUGGGCCCCCAGCCCACAGACAGACAGGCUCUACACAGCUACGCCAACACCCUGAAGGCUCUGCUCCAGACUGUCGACAGGGAGGAGAGGGAGAUGAGGGAGCUGGACGCAAUCCGAGACACCCUGCUGAGCCACUGCACCCCUGCCGGUCGUGACACCCUGACCCUGGAGGUCAGCCACCUCCACGACCUCCUCACUUCUUCUGAGAGGGAGAUGACGGAAAGGCUGGCAGGCUGCGAGGCCCAGCUGAAGGAGCUGGAUGUGAAGAUGGCCAAGAAGGCCCAGGGCCUGAGGGAGAGGGCCAAAGCCCUGCAGUGGGAGCUCCGUUCUCUGGACCAGGCCCUGAGCUACAGCGAGCCACACCCCAACAUAGCCCAGCUCCAGCAGCACUGGCACAGCCUCAAGAACUGCGAGAGGUCAUUGGAGGGGUUAGGGCUUAAAGUUCAUGACAUGCGUCAGGCUGCCAGAUCUGCAUCCACAGAGGAAGACCUUCCCGCUGAUAUCAUCUCAAUAAUGGAGUUACUGAGCCAGCAGCACGACAGUCUGAAGACCAGGUUGGGUGAGAGGCAGAGCUGCUGCACUGAGAACACAGCUCGCUGCCUCACAGCCUCUGUUCAGCUUCUGCAACAGUGGAACCACUCCUCACCCACACGGACAGCCCCCUCCAUCCAGGCUGCAUUAGAGGAGGGUGUGCAGUUCCAAAAGGCCCUGAAGGAGGUGCUGUCUCACAGACAGUUCCUGGUGGACUGCCUGAAGCCUGACCAAGCAGACAGACUGGAGAAAGACACCACUGCAACACUCAGGGAUGCAGACACACACAGCACCUUUCUCACCAAGACUCUGAAAGAUGUAGCUGAAAAGAGUAAACAGAAAAUAGAUGUGACUCAACCCAUUGCUGUCACCUCAGUCCAGACAGAAGACAAACCAGCCGCACCACCUAGGAGGACAGCCAAGACCAAGCAGACUCCCACCCAGGAGAGUCAGCAAGCUACACCACAGUUGCUUCUCCAUAUCACAGAGAAAAAUAUACCACAGCCACUCCCCCCUGUCACAGAGAAAAUCAUACCACAGCCACUCCCCCCUGUCACAGAGAAAAUCAUACCACAGCCACUCCCCCCUGUCACAGAGAAAAACAUACCACAGCCACUCCCCCCUGUCACAGAGAAAAUCAUACCACAGCCACUCCCCCCUGUCACAGAGAAAAUCAUACCACAGCCACUCCCCCCUGUCACAGAGAAAAACAUACCACAGCCACUCCCCCCUGUCACAGAGAAAAACAUACCACAGCCACUCCCCCUGUCACAGAGAAAAACAUACCACAGCCACUCCCCCCUGUCACAGAGAAAAUCAUACCACAGCCACUCCCCCCUGUCACAGAGAAAAUCAUACCACAGCCACUCCCCCCUGUCACAGAGAAAAUCAUACCACAGCCACUCCCCCCUGUCACAGAGAAAAUCAUACCACAGCCACUCCCCCCUAUCACAGAGAAAAUCAUACCAGUCAAACAAGAGACUUCAGCUGUCACUGAUGGCGCAUACUGAAGCCCCAAGUUCAGGGUCUGUCAUGACACAACAACUGGCAAAGGAGAAUAAAACUGCUGUCACACAGGUGCCAAAAGCUGCAGUAGAGCCUAAACAGAGCACGAUAGUGACAACUCGAUCGGUUGAAACCGACAUAACUUCCACCACCAUCCAAAUACAAGAUACCAAGAGUCGAUCGUCUGAGACCCUGAUGACAGAGAGAACUGCAGUCAAGGAGCAUGGUGAUACUCAUGUUACAAGAGUAGAGACUACAACUGUGAAGACGGUUAGUCAGGCAACUGACCAGAUAGACCAGGGCCUUGAUCAGGAGACAUCUUUGACAGAUGCCCUACGCUCACAGCAUGCUUACAUUGACUCUGAAAAACAACAUAGUCAUGACGACACACAAGUAAAACAAUCUCAGGUAAAACAAGCUCACGUCCCUGACACAAAAAGCCAAGUGUGUUAUGAUGUCGACACACCGCAGCCACUAGAGAAGAAAUUGUCCUCUGUCAUUCUGGACACUGACACUGUGUAUGUGCAGACACCAGAGAUGUGGCCACUGAUGAGCAGUGACACCGCACUUAUCAUAUCCUCCGGAGCAGUAGUGCUUGAUACUGACAAAAUGGACUCGGACACUCAGUCCACCAGUCACAGUCCACAGCAGACAGAAUCACAGGACUCCACGGUAAGGCCCAGUGAACACCCUGAGAAUAGGUUUCCUCAGUCCCAGCCCGACACAGCUGUGGAGAACAAGGUCAAGUAUGACACUGAGGAGUUAUGGAAGGACAGCAAGACUGAGACUGAACAACCAGACCUUAUACUGGACUUGCCUGAUGUGGCUCAGCCCACUGCUGUUGCCUCUUUCCAGACUGUAGUCAAAGCACCACCCCCGUCCACACCACCUCGUAACAAGAGAAAAGCCAAGAGCCAGCAGGCCCAGCCCUCUGACACACAGCCUGCUGUGGAGAACAGGGUCAAGUAUAACACUGAGGAGUUAUGGAAGGACAGCAAGACUGAGACUGAACAACGAUACAUUGUACUGGACCUGCCCACAGUGAGCGAUGUGGCUGUACUUCCUGCUGUCACCUCAACCCAGACAGAGGACAAAGCAAAGGCACCAUCCACACCACCUCGUAACAAGAGAAAAGCCAAGAGCCAGCAGGCCCAGCCCUCUGACACACAGCCCAACACAGCUGUGGAGGACAGUGUCAAGUAUAACACUGAGGAAUUAUGGAAGGACAGUGAGACUGAACAACGAUACAUUGUACUGGACCUGCCCACAGUGAGUGAUGUCCAGAAAGAGCCUGUUGCUACUGCUGUCACUUCAAUCCAGACAGAAGACAAAGCUAAAGCACCAUCCACAUCGCCUCGUACCAAGGAGACAGCCAAGAGCCAGCAGGCCCAGCCCUCUAACACACAGCCUGCUGUGGAGAACAAAGACAAGUAUGACACUGAGGAGUUAUGGAAGGACCGCAAGGAUGACACUGAACAACGAUACAUUGUACUGGACCUGCCCACAGUGAGCGAUGUGGCUGUACCUCCUGCUGUCACCUCAACCCAGACAGAGGGCAAAGCAAAGGCACCAUCCACACCACCUCGCACUAAGAAGACAGCCAAGAGCCAGCAGGCUACAACCCAGGCCCUUCUACCUCAGGCCUCUAACAUACAGCCCGACACAGCUGUGGAGAACAGGGUCAAGUAUAACACUGAGGAAUUAUGGAAGGACAGCAAAACUGAGACUGAACAACGGUACAUUGUACCGGACCUGCCCACUUUGAGUGAUGUCCAGAAAGAGCCUGUUGGGAAAGAGGACAAACCAAAAGCACCAACUCCACCAGCACCUUCCGCAUCACCCCUGACCUCUGAGAUAAGUAAACAGAAGGCUGAUGUGGCUGUACCUCUUGCUGUCACCUCUAUCCAGACACAAGUCGAACCAAAAGCACCAGUACCAUCCACACUGCCCCGGACCAAGAAGACAGCCAAGGGCCAACAGUCUCCCACCCAGGACAGUCAGCAAGCUAAGCCACUGUCACACACCCCUGUCAAAGAGAAAACCAUACCAGUCAAACAAGAAGCUUCAGCUGUGACUAAACCGGAGAGCAAGGUAAUCGGUUCUGAUCAACCCAGUCAAACAAAGACCCACGUCACUAAGACAGUGCAGUCAGAGAAAGCAGAGACAGUGUGGACUGAAAUUGACAUAUCUCAGGCAGAGGUUAGCAAAGCAUGCCUACCACAGACUCAACCAGAACCCUCCAAAGCAACGAGUGACAGAGCUAUUGAGGUUGAGGACAAAGGGGCCUGGGAAGAGCAUGCUAAAGAGUGGAGAAGUGAACAUGACCAAUGUGAGGUGCAAGAAAGUCUGACCGAACCAAAGGUGAAGUUGGAGGCUACUGCCCAAACAGACAGAAAACAGUCAGCUAAAAUCGAAAGUGAGAGUCAGUCAGUGAGUGAAAAACAGCCAAAGAGAGAUGCUGCCCAACCAAUCAAACAACAUGGAGCUACAGCUGCAACUGAGAGCACCAGAAAAGAAGACAGGGAGAGCAGCACGAAAGGCCAGCCAGAGCAGCAACAGGUGUGCAGCACAGAGAAGCCAGAAGCUCCUGUUGAGGCAGCAGUCCUUGUUGUAAAGAAGGAGACUCUAACCCCAGAACCUUUUGUGAAAAAAGAGACCCCAGCUGAACCAGAAGGACCCACCAUGCAGGACAUCUUCACUGACAUCCAGCGCCUGUCACAAACUGGACCAAAGAGCAUUCUCAUUGAGAUUAAACCUUGGGAGGACCCCAUGAGGAUUCUGAACACGUCUCUGGCUGACCUGCAGGCUCGUCUGAGCAGGCUGGUGGUCAGGGUACUGGGCUGCAGAAACCGCCCUGCAGACCUCAGCCCCGCAGCCAUGGCUUUGCAGGUGGAGGAGGCCGAGGAAUGCAGACAGGCUGCUCAGACCCAGGUGUCUGUGUUCUCCCAGCCCAGAGAGGCUCAGACUGCAGACCGGGAGGCCUUUGAGCAUGUGGCGAGCCAGUGGGGCGCAGCAGUGUGGGAUGCCUCGGAAGCUGUCCACUGUAAGGAGGCCCAGCUGCAGCUGGUCACUGAGGCGGACAGGCAGACACAGACAGUCAAGGCCACUCUGGAGAAACUGUCUGCAGAGCUGGAGGCCCUCACAACAUCCCCAGUGGAGAGCAGCUCAGCAGAAGCUGAGGAGCUACGUUCCUUUCUGCGGGGUAUGGAGGAGGACAGGACCGUCAUGGGGGAGCUGACCCUCACUCUCACCAAGCUGUCCCCCCACCUGAACCAGGCAAAGCGAGCUGCUGCACAGAUCCAGCAGAUAGGCCUGCAGGAAGAGUGGAGGUCACUGGAGAGAGCUUCAGAGAAGACCCUGUACUGUGUCAAUGGCUAUGCCAGGGAAACCAGCAGCCUUCUUGCAGAGAUCUCCUCUCUUCAGGAGCAACUGGAGGUCAUAGGAAAGGCUACAGGCUCACCCCAUUCCACUACAAUCCAGUGGGACAGCAAGAGGGCCCAGGAGCUGAUGAUGGUGAAUGCUGAGCUGACUGCAGCUCAACAGAAAUACCUCUACCUGCAGCAGGGCUCAGAGGCUCUGGCCCACAGCUCCCUAUAUGAGAAGGAGACGAGGCAGAUAGAACAGGGGCUCCAACAGGUCAAGGAGCAGCUGGAUCGUGUUGGAGAGCAGGUGUCCUCUCAGACCCCCAGCAGUGACAACCCUAUCAUGAAUAAGAUCCACAAGGUAAUGAUGGACGCCUUUGCCUGGGCCAAGCAGAUGGAGAGCGACAUUGAGGGCCGGAGGAGGACGGUGGCCCUGCUCCCUGAGGGGGUCCAUCGGCAGAUCAAAGACCUGAAGAAGCUGCAGUGGGAGAUGGCGGCCAAGCAGGCCCAGCUGGAGGCCCUGGUGGAGGAGGUGGAGGAGCUGCUCCCAGAGCUGGACCAGGCUGAUGAGGUCCCCAUGGUGCACUCCUCCCUGGUCAGCCUGGAGAGUCUGUCCAGGUCCACCACAGAGAAGCUAGCCAAGGCUGUGAAGGAGAUGGAGUCAGGCUUGCAGACUAGAGAGAAUAUGUCAGAGCAGAUAGCAGACCUGGACUCCUGGGUGGUGGGUCACCUCCAUAAAGAAGCCUCCAGGAGGGGAGAGGGGGAGGGCCAGAGUUCUAAAGACCUGGAUCGCCGAGUCAGACAGAUUCAGGAGACCCUGGUAGAGGCGGAGAAACAGGCUGCUGUGUCCGAGGCUCUUCUCAUGAGGAGCAGAGACAUUGCCUCUGAGCUCAGCAUCACAGAGAACUGCCUCCUCAAUGAGAAACUCACAAACCUCCAGGAGGACAUCAAGAGCAUCAUCAGCUAUGAGAAAGCUAACCAGCAGGAGCUGGAGGAACUCCUUCAGACUCAAGACGCAUCUAGGCAGAAGGUGACCACGGUGGAGAAGAGCCUGAGACAGAUGCUGGUGGACCUAAACAGACACAGGUUCCCGGUCACCAGAGAGACUCUAAGCACCAUUGAGCCGUUUAAACAUAUGAUCAUGGAGCACAAGUGCCAGGUGGACAAGCUGCAGCCCAUCAUCCCUGAGGAGAAGAAACAAGAGCUGCUGUGUUUCAUUUCCCAGUUGCACUGCAAAAUGAGCACGCUGAAUAUGAAGGCCAAAGAACACGAGAGGUACCUCACCUUCAGGCAGUGUGUGGAGGAACUGCGGGAAAAUGUGGAGGAGCAGGUCCUCCAGACCAAGGAGGAGAACACGGGGAAGGAGGAGAGGUACACGACCGGUCAGGUCAUCCUCACUCAGCUCCCUCUGAUAAAGAGACUGUGUGAGGAGGCUGCCGAUGAGCUGCAGAGCAUCUCCCAGGACCUCUAUCCCUCACAGCUGUCUGCAGAGCGUGGGCGGCUUAAGCAGAACCUGGAGAGCUUCCAAACCUGGGAGAUGACUGUGAUCAACAACAUCCAGAUCCUGGAGUGGGGCCUGCUGAAGGAGGUGCACCUCCAGUCAGAGCAGAGAGCUGUGCAGGCCUUCCUAAGGGACAUCCAGCGGGAGCUGCAGCAACCAUGCCAAGUGGAGCCCACCGAGGAAGCCGUCGACAAGGAGCACUGGAGGAUUGUGACCCUGCGGAUGACCGUGGAGUGCAGACUGAGGGUGUUAAAGAUUCUAGAGCGCAAGAAAGGAACUAGGCAGCAGGAUGGAUCCCCGGAGUAUAGUGACCUGAUGGACCUGAAGAAUGCAAUCCUGAAUGAAUGUGACUUACGAAUGGAGAGAGUUUCCCAGGCACGGAAUUCUUUGAGAGACUACAUUGGAGCUGUGAGUGGUGCUGUCAGGUUCCUCCAGGAGGCUGAGGCCCUGCUCCAUCCCUCAUUAGCCCCAGUCGGAGGUUGCCUUGAGAGGCUGAGGGACAUCCAGCAGGCCCUGGCCUCCAUGGAGGAGCAGCUCCAUUCCCAUAUAAGCCAGAUCCAGACCCUGGCCCUCCAGCAUGACUACCUGAGCCCCCAGAUGGUGGAGCGCCUACAGAGGGAGGUACUGAGCCAGCUCCUGGUGCGGAUGUCCACCCUCCAGGCCCAGGCCCAGCUCAAACUGGAGGCCCUGCAGAGGUGUGCUGAGUAUCACAGAAGGUAUAGGAAGUGCCAUGAGGAGAUCUGCCAGUGUGUAAAGAGCGCAGAGACCCAUCUCUCCUACUGUCACUCUCACAAAGUCAGCUCUCUCACAGACUGCACCGACCAGCAAGCUCAGCUAAAGGCUCUGUCUGAGGAGGUGGAUUCUGUAACUGGGCUUCUAAAGUGUUUGGGGGAGUGGUGCCCGGAGCAAGGUUGCCGUUGCAGCAGGGAGGGGGCGGUGAGCGCGCUCUGGAGGCAGGUGGCAAGACUGCAGCGUUGCACCCGCAAUCUGAAGACUCACUCAAAUCAGAGGGCAGACGAAUGGAGUGAUAUUACAAAGAGCGUGGAGCGAGCGUCCAUCAUGCUGGAGCAGGUGGAGGCUGAGCUGCCAAAUGACUCCAGGGAGAAGGUGUGUGGGGAAGAGCUGCAGGUGCUGCUGUUGUACUGGGACCAGUACCAGGACAGGCUAGACUGUGAGCACCGAGCUCUCUCAGCUCUCGAGCUGCGCAUCGCCAGACUGCUGGGCGUCCCCGCCCACCUAGAGCAGGCCCCGCCCAACCCGCUGUGUCAACAGUUGCAGGUCAUGCAGGACCGCUAUGACAGUCUGAAGGAGAAGAGCAUGCUGGGGCGGUGUGUGGUGAGGACGGAGGUGGAGGAGAGGGACAAAGUGAGGGAGGAGCUGAGUGGGGUGAAGGCGUGGCUGGUGACUGCAGAAGACCUCCUGUCACAGCUGGAGCAGUGUCCCAACACACAUAAGCUACAUGAGGUUCACACCCAGCUGUGUACCCAGAAGACAGUGCUGCAGCGCAUCAUGGAGGGUCUGAGGAUGAAGUACUCGGACAUGUACACCCUGGUUCCCGUGGAGAUAGAGGGACCGCUACAGGACGUGACACACUCACUGCAGGAAGUAGAGGAGAAGGUAGGGGAUGUAAUGGAGAAGAGCGGUCCCCUGCACAGACUGGGAGCCAAGGUGUCUGAGAUCAAGGCUGGUCUGGGAUCAGUGCAGGACAAACUGCAGCAGAGAAGCCCCUCUCUGUCGGAGGCAGAAAGCACACAGAAGCGUGUGUGGGACGAGCUGGACAUGUGGCACUCCCGUGUGGCAGCGUUGGAGGUGGAGGUGCAGGAUCUGGAACAGGCUGAGGAGGCCCAGGUCCUCACAGAGAGCCUGACAGAGGCCCAGCUGCUCCACUCACACAUGGCCAAGCAGGCAGAGCAGAGGACCGCCUUCCUCAGCAAGAUCAGCACAUGGUUACAGGAGCAUGACGAGAUGAUCAACAGCUCCAACAGUUGGCUAACUGAGGCUCAGUCCUGGCUCACUGCUCCCUGUACCUACACUACAGCCAAAGAUUUGGCCAGCUACGUCCACGCACUACAGAUGGUGCUGGAUGACUCGCAGCAGAUCCGCAUCACUCUGCAGGGCUUUGUGUCCGUGCUGAAGGAGAUCUCCCUGGUGUGUGACAUCACAGCGCAGCAGGAGCAGCUGGCUGAGGCUGACCGCCAUGUGGCCGCUGUGCAGCAGGGCUUUGUGGCUCCACUCUCCCAGCUAGACCAUGCCGCCGCCGAGGUGGAAGCUAUAGAGACGGAGGUGAAGAUGAUGGAGAAGGACGUCACUGAGAUCAGGACGUUGUUAUCGUCCCCUGACACUCUUCCCAGCCCCAGAGAGGAGAGCCUGAAGGUGUGUGUGGACAGGAUCCAGUCUUUGCGGACGACCAUAGCAGAGAUCCAGAGCUGUAAGCCAGGCCUUUGUCUGCCAGAGAAGGCUGAGGAGACCCUCACUGUCUUUCAGAGAGUGGACCAGCUCCAACAGCAGCUAGAAGAGCUGGAGAAGAUGGUUCCAGGGGAGUUCAUAGUGAAGAAACAGACACUCACUUUACCGCCAGUGAAGGUCCCUGCACCUAGCCCAACUGUACCCACCUCUUCCACAGAGAAUGUUUCUGUGCCCAGCUCAACAUUACCAGCCACGGAGGAAGCAGACGAGAAUGGAGUGGAGCAGGGCCAGAUCCAGAUAGUCCAUGUAGAGGAAGACGUGCUGAAGUCUUCUCCUGAACAGAGACUCAGCUGGGGAACGGAGAAGAGUCGGUACCCUGAGGUUGCAGCAGAAGGGAGCCAUGCUGCAGCUGAGGAAGAAGGGGGAACCACAGCCAUGGAACAGAGUCAGGACACAACUGAACAGGACCUCUCUGUAGUGGGUCUCUCGGUCGCCUCAGGAACAAGUGUGUCCGAAGCUUUAUCAAAACCUGUGGGCACAGUCAGAACACAGUCUCUGUCUGAAAGCAUGGAGCUCAUGGGACAGAGGGGGCUUGCAUGGAGGGGGGAUGACAGCCACCCAGAGGGGCUGAAGACACACAUCAGAGACACACACACACACCCAGGGGGCUCACCUGCUGCACAUACACUCACAGAGGAUGUACAGACACUCACUGAGGUCACAGUGGACACAAGUGUCCCCAAAGACAUCCAGCCAGUAACUCCAGUCAUUUUACCAACGAUGUGGCUGUCUAAGGUGGAUAGUAGGCUGGUGUUAUCUGAGGCAGGGCAGGCCUGUCUGGUUCAGCCACCCUCUGAGAAGGCUCUGGUUGUUCCAGAGCAGAGGCCCACAGUGCCCCAGCCAAUGCCCAGAAAGAAAAAAAGUGCACCUCAGACAGGGUUGCUCACGGCACCAUCCCAGCCUAUAGAAAUGGCACUCAAUGUAUCUACUGAACAGACACACACAGCCUCUGAUAUCACACACCAGACACCUGUGCAAGUUGAGGCAUCUACCCCUCUAGCAGCACCUGAGGAGACACCCCCCACGACCACCACCACCACCCUGGGCGUGGUCAGCACACACACUGUCCCCCAGACCACACUCAAACCCACCGAAGAGGACAUGGAGGGUGUGCAUCCAGCAGCAACCCUGGCCCCAGGGGUGUUCCCAGCCCCAGCCUUGACUGGGCCCUGCCCCACUCUGGAGGUGCUUAAUGCCUACAGUGAGCAGGCCACCCAGCUAGAGGUUUGGCUGGAGAGAGCCCAGCACACCCUUGGAGUGCUGGAGCGGGCCGCCACUGCCAGCAUGCAGGACAGUGUGGAGCAGCAGCUCCUCACGUGCCAGGAAAUGUUCCUGGAGAUAGAGCAGAAGGUAGCCAGUCUGUCUGUCCUGGAGCAGCAGGAGGGCUCAGCAGGGUCCCACCAGGAGGCUGAGGCCCUCUCCUCCAAACUGGAGCUGCUCAAGACCAGCCUGGUCACCUUCCAGCUGUUGUUGCAGGAGAGACAGAGCCAUGAGCAGAUGCACACCAGCACACAUACAGAGGAGCAGGUGCCAUCACCGUCACCGUCAUCACCGAGAAAGCUUCCUCUAGAGGGCAGACUGCAGCGUAGCGGCAGUGUCCAGGAGAUUCUCUCUUCCUCCAAGAGCAAACUCUUUAGACAGACCAGCUUUCAACAGCAGAAGGAAUUGGAGCAGGAGCUGAGUGAGCAGAGAGGCCUGACCAAGGCUAUCGCCCAGCAGGGGAGUAGAGGUCGUCUCCCCAGCCAGGCCCAAAAGGAUCAACCUGAGCCAUCCACACGAGUUCCUGUUGAACCUGAAGGAGGGGGGGAGGCAGGGGUCCAAAGGAAGUGGACACACCUUCACAACCAGCUUCUGGCCUUGGAGCAGACGGCACAGCAAGGUCCUUCUGAUGGGACAGACUCAUCUGUGAGUCAGAGCAAUGGAUCAGCCAGUAGUCUCAUUGACUCCCACAGCAUUCAGGACAUGCAGACACACAUAUGUCGGCUGCGGGAGCUGGGCCAGACUGCCAGUGAGGUGGUGACUCAGUCUGUGCCGGAUGAGGAGGUUCAUCAGAGGCUGGAUGAGGGUCUGUUUGAGGUGCUAUGUGGGGUGGGCCUAUCUCUGUCCUCACUGACCCGCCUCCUGCAGUUCCCAUCAGGGAAGUCACAUGAGGACACACAGCUCCAGCUGAUGCAACUCGAGACUCUGGCAGCAGAGCUGGUGACCCUGGGUGGUGAGCUGACCUCCCAGGGGUCAGAGGUAAUUGGUGUUUUGGGGUCAGGUGGAGGUCAUCUGUGUGUGGAUCACCUAGGUAAACUCCUGCCUGUGGUCCAGAGCGGUCUGGCUGCCAGAGAGAAGCAGCUGCAGGCCCAGCUGGAGAAGACAGGCCAUCACCAGACACUCUUAAAAGAGUUGCAUGCAGCCCUUCUUGCUAAUAAGUUGGCCGUACAACAAAUGACUAACGAAGCUGUCCCUCAAGACACUUGCAAGCAGCUACAGGCUGUGGUGCAGGUCCAGGGAGAGCUGCAGCUUCAGUCCAGCCAGGUGUCCUCCCUGCAGGAGAGGACAGAGAGACAGGGUCUGCCCUCCACACUCAUAGAGGAGGCCUACAAGCUGGAGGUUGUGCUGGAAAGUGUGUUGGGCUCUGUGGGCGCCAGACGUGAGGAGCUGAGGGCCAGUAUGGACCUCCAGCAGCAGUUUGAGAGGCUGCUACAUGGCCUGGAAAUGCUGGUCACCCUGGGCUCAGAGCGUCUCUCACAGAGGCCUGGUUUGGAGCUCCACACCAGGACUGAGCUACAGGACUGCCUUAGCACACAUUCGAAGUUCUUCCAGUUCCUGGGGAUCCACCUGGGGACCCUGCAGCACCUGUCCACGAGAGUUGCAGAGAGCACCCUCCAGAGGUGGGAGGGAGGGAUGAGGGGCCUCCAGGAGAGGGUGACCCAACUGCAGCAGCAGGCCCUGGAGAGAGGCACCAGGAUGCAGUGGAUAUUACAGAUAUGGACACAGUGGGAGGAGGAAAGUACCAGUCUGGACACCCUGCUUAGGGAUAUGGACGCUGGCCUGUCCAAGAUGCACCUGGAGGGGGACUCAGUGGCACAGAUUUGCGAGAAACUCUCUGUCUAUCAGAAAAUGAGAGCAGUCCUGGAUGAGAGUGGGGCAAAGUUCAGCCGGAUGCAGGAGCAGGGGAGGUGGCUGAAGGAGGCGGGUUGCCAAGGGGUGGGUGUGUUUGGGAGUGGCCUGGAGGCUCGCUGGACCACCUUUCACUUCAGGCUGGAGCAACAACGAGUCAGCACAGAUAGGAACAGGAAGCUGUGGAGCAGGUUUUCCCGUGACUUUGUGGCACUGAGCAAGUGGAUCGGUGGGGCCAGAGAACACAUCAACAGUUGGAUCAUUUUCACUCUCACAGCCAAUCAGGAGCGAGAGCUGAAACCCAUUCACUCCCACCUUAACCAGUAUAUGGACUUUACCAAAGAGCUGGAGGUUAGGUCGGCUCUGAAGGCCUCAGUGAUCACCAUUGGAACACAGCUACUGCAGCUGAGAGAGGCAGAGACUGUGCCGGAGCCCCAGUCUGCUGCGCUAGAGCCUUGCUCUGUACAGACCCAGCUCAGACAGAUAGAGCAGGACUGGGCUGGCAUUCUGUCUGAUAUACCUGCUGUGCAGCAGACUCUGCAUCAGUUGUUGAUGGAGAGGCUGUCCCCACAGGGGGCCUUGACAGAGCUGCUAGCCUGGGUUGGAGAGACUGAGGCCAUGCUGGAAGAGCAGCGGGAUAGGGUCUACCAAACCACCUCCACCAACGCGAACCUCAACCUAGUCCUUCAGAGCUUCAAGGUGUGUAAGGCUGAGAUAGCAGUCCGCCAGCUCACAGUGGACUAUGUCAACCAGUCGGAGUUGCAGACGAGCAGAGGGAGAUAUGAACACCCAGAUUAUGCUGAUGAGCUGGGCGGUCUUAAUCACCGCUGGCUCAGUCUACAGGGCACCCUCAACAACCAGAUCCAGGAUGUUGAACAGGAGCUGAGGAUGUGCACAGAGAGAGAGGUCAGACUGCAGCACCACCACACCUGGCUCACCAGUCAGAGAGAGUGGAUGGGCUCAGCCCAGAGGCCUGUCAGUCACUCUGAGGUGGAGAAGAGCUUAAAAACCUGUGAGGGUCUGGAGGAGAAACUCUGGCUAAAUUGUACAGCUCUUCAAGAGUUGAGAGAGAAACACCACACAGGAAAAGAGGAUGGCACCUGUGCCUUCAUCACUCAGACAGAUGAUGUCAUUAAGGCCUGUACAGCCCUCAGUCAAGAGAACCCAGCUGUGCGACAGAGACUGAAACAGGUAUUGGAGCUGUGGGCUGGAUUUGAGAAAGGACUGAAUGAUGCAACACUGGACACAGUGAAGACCUGCCAGGCUAUGGAAUACAGCUGCUUCCCUCAGCUUUCUCUCCAGGCCCUGCAAGGACUCCAUGAAAAGCUCCAGCUUCUAAGGAAGGAGACUGAGGGGUGUGACUCAGAAUGGGACGGUCUGAUCCACACUCUCUCCAUCCUCAGGGACAUGAUCAGUCCUACGGCCACCUUCCUCAUGUCAGAGCAACUGGAUAGAGAGAGAACCAGGUGGAAUGAGGUGAAUCGUGAGCUGGAGAAUCACCUGAAUAGAACUCAGACACUGCUCCAGAUCUGGGGGGAUUAUGCCCGUCUCUCUGUACCUUUCUCCCAACGUCUGCAAACACUGAGGGGUGAUGUCACAGCUCUGAUGAACCAGCCACCUGGUCAGGACAACACUACACAACUGGUUGCAGCCCAGAUACAGGCCGUCCAUAGCCUGCAGGAGAGAACAGACAGUUUACAGACCGACCUGGAGGGGGUGCUAGAGGCCUCUAAGGAACUCAGUGGACGAGUGGAACCCUCGUCUGCCGUCUUCAUCCAAUCAGAGAGCCGUAUGCUAACCCGUGGUGUCCUACAUCUGAGCCAGUCACUGGCCGAUAAACUUGGGCAUCUCCAGGAAGAGCAUGAGCAGCUCCAGGAGUUUGAGAGUGUCUUGGCAUCUCUUGAGAAACACCUUGAGGACUGGGAGGGGAGACUGAAAAGUGUAACCGUGCCUCCAAAAAUAUAUAUAUCCAAGAUGGGUCUGCUGGAGCUGAGUGGUUUCUCUCCUGACCUUGAUAUAUUGAAUGAGCUGAGCUACAGGCUGACCCUCAGUGACCCUGCCACCCACAGACUACAGAGCCUCAACUGGAGCUGGGGUCAGGCCUCGGCCCGCGCUGUGGAGACCUACAGUGAGUUGCAGACAGAGUCACUGAGGCAACAGAGUUUUCAGGAGAAGUGUGAGAACUGGAUGGACUUCCUACAGACGAUGGAGGACAGCCUAGCAGUAGACCUGGCCAGUACCUACAGUGGCCUGAGAGAGCAGCUACGCACACACCAGAGGUUCCAGUUAGAGAUGUCUAUCGGUCAUCAGAUCCUGCACUCUGUCAUCAAUGAUUCUCUAUGUCUGCUGCAGAGGGGAGACGUGGAUGAUAGGAGCGACUUUAUCCUGAAGCUGGCCCAGCUGAGGGAGCACUGGCAGGGGGCUGUGCAGAGGGCAGCUCAGAGGAGCUCCCUGGUGGAGGGGCUAGUCAAACACUGGCACCUCUACAGCCGCAGCCUCAGGAAGCUCCAGAGGUUCGUAGCAGAUGCCCAGGCCCUCCUGCCCCCCACAGGGCCAGCCCACUGCAGCCUGCAGCAGCUCCGAAUCUCCCUCUACGACAUGAAGCACACGGAGCUGCUUUUCCAGAGGUACCAGUGCAGCUACAUCCACACUCUGGAGCUAGGUCGUCAGCUCUUCUCCAUGGGGGACGAACAGACUCAGGCACAGCUGCAGACCGAGCUGGCUACCCUGCAGGAGGACUGGGAGAACCUGCAAGGACUGCUGGAAAAGAGAAAGGACAUAACAAACGCUAUCAUUCAGAACUGGGAGCGUUGCGAGGCCAGACUAUCCUAUAGGAUGCAGCAGCUGGACACCAUGCAGACCGAACUGAAGCAGUCGAUCCCAGAACAUGACAAUGAGCUCCAAGUUACAGAGAAACUCACUAAGGAGGCUGAGAACUCACUGGAUGACUGGGCUGAGAGCCUGACUGAACUUGCCACCAUGAAGACGGACCUGUCCCAGUACAUCAUUGCUGACGACGUGCUGCUACUCCAGGAACAGGUGGAGCACCUCCACUGUCAAUGGGAGGAACUCUGCCUCAAGGUCUCCCUACGCAAACAGGAGAUAGCAGACCGUCUCAACGCAUGGAUCAUCUUUAAUGAGAAAAACAAGGAGCUUUGUGAAUGGCUGACGCAGAUGGAAAACAAAGUAGCACACAAUGCCGACAUCAGCAUCGAGGAGAUGGUGGAGAAGCUGAAGAAGGACUGUAUGGAGGAGAUCAACCUCUUCAGUGAGAAUAAAACCCACCUGAAGCUGCUUGGAGAGCAGCUCAUCACCGCUAGCAACAAGACCAAGGAGACCGAGGUCAACGACAAGCUGAAGGACAUCAACGACCGCUGGCAGCACCUGUUUGAUCACAUAGAGACCAGGGUGAGGAAGCUAAAGGAGACUCUGGUGACAGUGCAGCAGCUGGAUAAGAACAUGAGCAACCUGCGGACGUGGCUGUCACGGAUCGAGGCCGAGCUGGCCAAGCCCGUGGUCUACAGCGUCUGCCACAAUGAUGAGAUCCAGAGGAAGCUGGCUGAGCAGCAGGAUUUGCAGCGGGACAUUGAGCAGCACACGGAGGGCGUAGCGUCAGUUCUGACUCUCUGUGAUGUUCUUCUCCACGAUGCUGACGCCUGCGGGAGCGACACAGAGAACGACUCCAUCCAACAGACCACCCGCAGCUUGGACCUCCGCUGGAGGAACAUCUGUGCCAUGUCCAUGGAGAGGAGGAUGAGGAUUGAGGAAACAUGGCGACUGUGGUGUAAGUUCCUGGAUGACUACUCCCGCUUUGAGGACUGGCUGAGGACAGCUGAGCGCACCGCGGCCAACCCUGUCUCGGCGGAUGUCCUCUACACCAGCGCCAAGGAGGAACUCAAGAAGUUUGAGGCUUUCCAGAGGCAGGUCCAUGAGAGGCUGACCCAGCUGGAGCUGGUCAACAAGCAGUAUCGCCGUCUGGCCAGAGAGAACCGCACCGACGCCUCCAGCAAACUCAAGGUCAUGGUUCACGAGGGCAACCAGCGCUGGGACAGCCUGCAGAAGAGGGUGGCCGCCAUUCUCCGUAGACUCAAGCACUUUACCUCUCAGAGGGAAGACUUUGAGGGCACACGGGAGGGUAUCCUGGUCUGGCUCACUGAGAUGGACCUGCAGCUAACCAACGUCGAGCACUUCUCAGAGAGCGACAUCGAGGACAAGAUGAGGCAGCUCAAUGGCUUCCAGCAGGAGAUCACUCUGAACACCAAUAAGAUCGAUGCUCUGAUCGUGUUUGGGGAGAACCUGAUCCAGAAGAGUGCUCCACUGGACGCCGUGCUGAUAGAGGAUGAGCUGGAGGAGCUGCACUCCUACUGCCAGGAGGUGUUUGGCAGGGUGGCCCGCUUCCACCACCGCCUCAUCAACAGACGCCCGGUUCUGGAGGAGGAGCGGGACCUGUCUGACCGCGACACAGAUCUGGAGGACUCAGCGGAGCUGGCUGGAAGUUCCUGGGGGGAGGAAGAUGAAGAGGAAAAGGAGGAGGAUGAGUCCCGAGUGACAGGCGAGUUAUUGGGACGACAGGCCGGGUGCCGUCUCUUGGCCCCCCCUCCGGAGUGUUCGGGGCGAGAGACCCCGGUCAGCGUGGACUCUAUCCCCCUGGAGUGGGACCACACUGUGGACGUGGGGGGAUCUUCAUCCCAUGAGGAUGAGGAGGAUGCUACCUACUAUAGCGCCAUGUCAGAUUUAGAAAUCACUGAGAGCUCAGAGUCCUUUGUUAAGGCAACUGCCAAAGCAUUGAGAGCAGCCUCGGUGAAGUCGGUGACAGACCCCCCCAGCUGGCACUCCCCUGAGCCACAGGAGAGGAAACAUGUUCCCAGGGACAUUAUCCUGGGCCUGGGCUCCUCUCCCUCCCACAUCACCAGCACCCCCUUUCACCAGCAGGGCUAUGUCAAGCUGAUGUCAGAGUGCAGUGGCAGUAUUGACAGUGUGAAGAGGGUCAAACUGAUCUUAAAUAACGAGGAGCUGGAGGACCAAGGUCUCACCACGUUAACCACCGCAGACAAACAGACUGGUGUGAUCGAGCGCUGGGAGCUGCUGCAGGCCCAGGCCCUCAGUGACGAGCUGUGCAUCAAACAGGACCUGCAGCAGUGGCAGAAGCUGAACUCUGACCUCAAUGAGAUCACUUCCUGGCUGGGCCAUGUGCUGCCAGAGCUAGAGAGGCUGCAGAGGCUGGCCCCGGCUACCAGCAUCCGAGACAUGGAGGGCAACAUCAGGAGACUCAAGGAGAUGCAGAAGACGUUCAACAGCUACAAGUCUCUGAUGAUCUCCAUCAACCUGAGUGGGCAGGACUUCCAGUGUGGGGACAGCGCUGAGCUGCAGGAGCUGCAGGAGGGCCUGAGGACAGCCAAUCACAGCUGGACACAGGCCUGCGUCGGCCUGGAGAGCUGGGAAGAACGACUGCAGAGCGCACUCAUGCAGUGCCAGGAGUUCCAUGAGACGCUGCACUCCAUGUUGCUGUGGCUGGCCAGGUCUGAGAGCACACACUACGCCGUCAACAUCCAUGACCGGUUUGCACAGCACUCUGUCCUGCUGGAGCACAGAGACACACUCAUGGCCCUGGAAGAAGAGUUGCAUGGGCGCCAGCGGCAGGUCUCCUCCCUUCAGGAGAUCUCCUCCCAGCUCCUCCUGGAGGCCACGGCCGAGGACAGCGUCGAGGCAAAGGAGAAGGUCCACGUUAUCGGCAACAAGCUCCGACUCCUACUGCGCCAGGUGGCCAAUGACCUGCACAUCCUGCAAGGCAGGCUGGAAUCGUGUCCAACCAGCUCUGAGAUGGACAGUGUUGCUCCGGGAUCGCUCAGCUCUCAACUCCAGCUGCAGAAGGAGAAAGCUGGAAUGAGAGCUGCAGGACUCCAAGACGCAGGCUGCAGAAAGGAGGAGAAGGGGGACUCUUCCUCAGCUCGGCCAUUCUUCUACAGGGUACUGCGUGCUGCCUUCCCCCUCCACCUGCUCUUCCUGCUGCUGCUGGUGCUGGCUUGCCUGGUGCCUCUGUCUGAAGAGGACUACAGCUGUGCCCUGUCCAACAACUUUGCCCGCUCCUUCUACCCCAUGCUGCGCUACACCAACGGCCCCCCGCCCACAUGAGACAGCAACAACACCCACUCCCCUAACAGUCACCCCCCUGCCCCCGUCUUUUAAAGUCCCCAUCCACCACUGUCGGAAACGGCCCCGAAAAACAGACUGGAGCCAAGCGUUCUGUUUCUCCACUCCAAAUGUUUUUUUAAAGUUGUCUAAAGUAAAAUUGAAUUUAGGUAUUUAUGUAUACAUAUUUAUAUUUAAUAUAUGUUGAGCGCUCAUGAAGUUAUGUGGCUCUGAAAAUAAGAAAAUAAGCCAUAUCAUUGGUUUGAAGUAAACAUUUUUAUAUGUAGUGAAGAUGUUGAUUAUUAUCCCCAUCGAGUUGUUUUCCACAUACAAAAAAAUAUUUUAAAGUUAUUUUGAUAGCUUUGUUUUUAUCAUUGCAGAUACUGUAUACUCAUAAUAAUGGCAAACUGCAGUUGCUACCAAAGGAUCAGAGUACUGAGGAUAUUGAUCAUUACUGUUUCUACCAUUUUACUUAGGACAACCAAUUGUGGAUAGCACAUUUUUGUACAUAUCGACUGAAAACGAUUUUGUUUUUGUCUAUUUGAUUUAGAAUCAUGUACACUGUGAUGUCAUUUUCACUGAAUUAUGGUAGCGAAUCAACUGCAAACAUGCCUUGCUGUAGUCAGUGCUUUAGAAAAUGUUUUUGUUUAAAAAUAUUUUAUUUACACUAGUGUACCUAUGAUUUUGUGUGUAUGAGUGCAUUUGUACAUAAUGGCAAACUACUGACAAAGCAAUGGUAAAUUAUUGACAAUGUGUAUGUGCAUAUGUGAGUGAGUAACCCUAUCUCCCACAGAGGCCUUGUGUGAUUGUGGGCCACCCUGGGCUGAUGGGGGACAUAGAGUGCGGCUUACAAAUCGUUUUAGCACCGGAGAGCUAAAUCAAAAUUGUUUGGAUGUACCCAUCUGGAAGCUGCUCUGUUACACUUUUCUUUCCUGCGGUUGAAUAUUGUGAGUAAAAUCUGAUGCUGUCAUAGCUGUAAAAUACCGUAAAUACACUACAGUAUAUGAAUAUAUAGGUGACAUGAACCUGGACCAGUCAGUGAGCGAUUAAUGUUGCGGUGUACAUGCAGAAUCAAAGAGUACGUAUAGACUAGAAGGUUUCCUGUCCGUAUGCUUUGGCUUUCUUCACAAAGAAGGCUUACUCAUGUGUAAAAAAAAAUUGUCAAGCUGGAGCUGAUCAGAGAACAGUUAAUUUACCUAGUUCCAUUAUUAGUGUACAUAGUCAAGUCACUUUGUACUGCUCUGUAGUACAAUGAAACAAAGAAAACAAUGGUGUACAGUUGAAUACAUUUUUUAAUGCUUAUUUAUGGAUGAUGAAUAGCUUGAAUUCAUUUUUACUUGACAAUAAACAUUGUUUGCCAUAA